GAACAGAAGGACUUUAAAUCUAUAUUGUUUGGCGUAUUUAUACACAGUCUUUACACUAAAUACAGUCCCAUUCUAGAUGGAUUUUCCAGAGAAUUCUAGAACUGAGAUGCAUUGAAUGCGCCGAGGCGCCAAGAUCAAGUUCGUGAAGGAUCAUAUAUAAUGGAAAUUCCGCUUCCGAAAUGUAAAACUCACGACGGCCACACUUGCGAGUUUUACUGCGUGCAGUGUGGCGCGGUGAUCUGUGGGAAGUGUCUGGUCAGCUUCCACAACAAGCACGGGGUGGAGGAUCUGGAAGAUCUGUGUAAAGCUAGGCGGGAGAUCAUCGCGCAGGAACGGGAGACCGUGCGGACGGCGGUGUCUCUGUACCAUCACCUGGACAAAGAUGUCGCCAUCGAAGAGGACAGGAUACGGGAAAAGUACGCCGCCAUCGAGAACGAGAUCCGACAGCACGGAGAGAAGCUAGAGGAAGCCGCCAGGCGGGCGAAAGACGAGUACCUCAAGCGUGUGAGGGAGCGGAAGUCGGAAGAUAUCAAGCGUCUGGAGGAACAAAGGGGGACAAUCCAGAGAAACCUGGAGGAGGCGCGAAAUGUGGAGAGGGCGUUACCGGAGUGUAUCAACACGUGCGAGGGGAUUCUUAGAUUCAAGAAAUCAUCUACAGUACUUCCGGAGGUUCCCAAACUCCAGAAAAUAACGCAUCCCGAAUUUGUUCCAAACUCUGAGCAGCUGGAUAAAGUGGUUGACCAAUUCGGGAAUCUUAUAAUCUAGUGGAUUUAGAAUUCGAAACGUUGUUGCUCCAAAAGUGUUCUUAUGAGGACCGGGAUGUGGAUUCUUUUAAAAAUACAAUCGAUUUUAGAAAAUAAUCGGACAUGAAUAAGAGAGGGGAUCUACUUGUGUCUAGAGAGUGACAGUCAACUUCAUGGCUUUUACAUAUUCAAAGAAUGUUUCAUAACUUUCAUAAGAAUACAUGUAUUUUGCUUUAAGCAUGUACAUGUACUUAAUCUUUAAAAGUUUAUCUACAAAUUUUAUUUCAUGUAUUUAAAAUCAGGGGCCCUUUAAUUUAGGUAAGGAAAUUGAUGGAUUAAUUGUAUAUCACAAUCAGUAUACUGGCUAUCAUUUAGGAGUAACUGUAUUAUAAUUGUAAAACAUUUAGUGUUUAAGGGAGUAGGUAAUUUAUUAUUCAUUAGUCAUUAGCUAUACAACUCAUACACCUAUACAAGUCAACAUAUUAAUAUAAACGGGUUACUGUUAAAAAAAGAAGGCAAGUUCAUGCUUAAAUAUUUCUUAUGACGAUGGUAUCUAGCAGUGAACUACUAUCUGGUCCAUCAUUAUGUU